CGUUAGAAGAGGACCGGACAUAUUUGUCGGUGCACCGUGAAGCCCUGCUCUGCUCAUUCGCAGGGAGAUGGCGCUGCGUGCCUGUGGCUUCAUAGUGUUUCGUCUUGCCACAAGUGUUCCUCCACCAGAUAACGUUGAGUACCUCCUCCUACAGACCUCAUAUGGUGAACACCACUGGACUCCACCCAAAGGUCAUGUGGACCCAGGUGAGGACGACCUCACCACAGCUCUCAGAGAAACCAAGGAGGAGGCAGGACUCGGGGAGGAGCACUUGCGGGUAGUGGAUGGCUUUGUGCAGGAGCUGCGCUACGAGGUGCGAGGAAGACCCAAAGAGGUGCUGUACUGGUUGGCUGAGCUGAGGGACCCGAGGACAGCAGUGACUCUAUCCGACGAGCACCAAGACUUCCGCUGGGCCCGGUUGGAGGAGGCCUGCUCUCUAGCAGGAUACCAAGACCUGCAGGACACUCUGAGAGCAGCACAUAGACACCUGGAGGCUCAGCAGGACAACAAAUGAUGUACAAGAGCAAAGACUGUGUGGACGGGUUGAUCCAAGAAGGGAAUGAGCUGGAAUUUGAGACUCUCUGACCUCAUUUGAUAGUACGUCUGCAUUUAAUUCAGGUAGAUGAUUCUGUUUCAGUAAUGUUUAGCUACUGUCGAUUCUAAUGAAUUAAUUUGUAUCCACUGUAUACUGUAUAAUGACAGCUGGGGUAGAUUAAACUCUUUCAGAUAUAAGUAAUGAAGGAAGAAAAUCGAUUAAAAGUUUUGACCAGAAAUCUGAGGCUCUGCAAAAACACAGUUGUCUAUGUGGUUGAAUCUUAUGAAAAAUGUAAAACUCAAAUUAAAGUAUCAUUUUUUAAUGUCAAAAAAUAAAACACAAAAUCUCUCAGGCUGA